AUUGGAUAGAGGACACUAGUUGUUACUUUCGUUUCUCAAAAACUUCCAUGUUUGGAAAUGCAUGCAAUAGGAAAGAGGAUCGAUAAUAAAAGAUCAAUAGAACUUGUAUCUAUUUUAAGGCAUGGAACAAGUAAGAUAGUGAAACCAGACUCAGAUGGUUAUGUUCCAAUUCAAGAUCUAUUGACCUUAAAAUCAUUUCGUGAAUUCAAUACGGACUCAUUUUAUCGAUUAGCUGAAGAAGACAAAAAAAAACGGUACGAAAUAAAAGAAAGUGGAGGUCAAGCAUUUAUAAAAGCUUGUCAAGGACAUACUAUAAGCAUAAACAAUACCUCCAUCCAAAAAAUUACGACUCAACAAGCCCAAAGUUACGGAUUUAUUAUUCAUGGAACAAAUAACAAGUGUUGGCAAAAAAUAAGACAAACUGGUAUUAAUCGUAUGAAUCGUCAACAUAUUCAUUUCGCUAGAGAUGAUGAGAACGCCAUAAGCGGAAUACCCAGUGGAUGUACAGUCUUUCUCUAUGUAGAUAUGGUUGGAGCAAUUAACGAUGGUUACGAAUUCUUUCAAUCGGCUAAUGGAGUUAUUGUUUCUCCUGGCGAUUCCACUGGCUGUUUACCGCCUAAAUAUAUUAUUAAAGUGAAAACUGGAUCAUAA